AUGGCAUCCUCAACUAGUUCUGGUUGGACGCAGCUCCGACAACAAGCACGGUCGCUUGAAACUCAGACCGAAAACCUUUUCCACACCUAUUCACAAUUUGCCUCAAUUACCAAACCUCCACAAUCACCUACCGAGGAAGAGCUGCGGCUUCAAACGCAACUGAGAGACCUCCUCGAAAGACGCGAGUCUAUCAUUGCCCAACUAUCCCGUCUCCUUGAUUCCGAAGCCACUCUCACCUCCUCCGCCCUAAAACAGAAUAAUGUCUCCCGCCACCGUGAAGUACUGCAAGACCACCGCCGCGAGCUCCAACGUCUGACCGCAGCUAUUUCUGAAUCGCGCGACCGCGCAAACCUACUCUCUAAUGUUCGUUCAGACAUCAGCUCUUAUCGCGCAUCCAACCCCGCCGCCGCCGAGGCCGACUACAUGCUCGAAGAGCGGGGCCGAGUCGAGAACAGCCACAGCAUGAUAGACGGCGUGCUGAGCCAGGCGUAUGCCAUCAAUGAGAACUUCGGUGUCCAGAGCGAGACAAUCGCCAACAUCAAUCGGCGCAUUGUGGGCGCUGCUGGUAGUGUCCCCGGCAUGAACUACCUCAUAGGCAAGAUUGGGAACAAGAAGAGGCGGGAUGCUAUAAUCCUCGGGUGCUUUAUUGGGUUCUGCUUUUUAAUGUUGCUGUUCUUCCGGUAA